AUCACUGCAGCUACAAAUAUAACACGCCUAUGUCCUAACAAAACGGAGUCAAUUAUAUGGUUUGAUGAAUGCAUGCUGCGUUACUCUAACCGGUAUUUUAGUCCUACCAGUAUCGUCCCAAGAGUGAAUUUGAAUAACGGGAAGAACAUCACUACCUCAAAAUUGGAUAGCUUUAAUGUAACGUUGAUGAGUUUCUUGGAUAAGUUGGCUACGGAAGCUGCAGAUUCUCAGACAACAACGCAAUUCGCGACUGGAGAAGAUAACUUCAACUUAAGCAUAAGCAGCUCUUCGGUUUAUGGGUUGGCGCAGUGUGUCAAUGGAUUAACGAAUGUCCAGUGUGAGGAAUGUUUAGUAAAUGCGGCGAGAACACUUCUGACUUGUUGUGAAGGAAAACAAGGUGCUAGAGCUCUUCUAGCAUGGUGUAACAUCAGAUAUGAUUCCUACAAGUUCUACAAUACAACAGAUGUUUCAUCUUCGCUUCCGCCUCCUUCUUCCGGAAAGAACAAGUCCGGGUCAAAAUCAAGAAUGGUCUUGAUUGUUGUUAUUGUUAUCGGGUCAACAAUUCUACUUUGUUUAGGCUGCUAUUUCCUCAUCAGAAGAUCAGCUUGGAAGAAAUAUAAAACUCUUAUGAGAGAAAAUUUUGGUGAUGAAAGUGCGGCGUUACAGUCACUGCAGUAUAGUUUAGCCACAGUUGAAGCAGCCACGAAGAAAUUUUCAUCAGAGAAUAAAAUAGGCAGGGGAGGGUUUGGAGAGGUUUACAAGGGUAUUCUUAUAGAUGGAAGGCAAAUAGCUGUGAAAAAGCUAUCUCUGAGUUCAGGACAAGGUGGAGUAGAGUUCAUAAAUGAGGUUUUACUAAUAGCCAAACUUCAACAUAGAAAUUUGGUAACCUUAAUAGGCUUUUGCUUGGAGGACCAAGAGAAAAUGCUCAUUUACGAAUAUGUGCCCAACAAAAGUCUUGAUUACUUUCUAUUUGAUCCCAACAAGACUAGAUUCCUACAGUGGUUUGAACGUUAUAAGAUCAUCGAAGGAAUUGCACAUGGCAUACAUUAUCUACACAACCAUUCAAGGUUGAAGAUUAUUCAUCGUGAUCUCAAACCAAGUAAUCUGUUGUUAGAUGAUAAUAUGAAUCCUAAAAUAUCUGAUUUCGGCAUGGCAAGAAUGGUCGCUCUAGAUCAAGAUCGGGGAAGUACAAACAGAAUUGUUGGAACAUAUGGCUAUAUGUCUCAAGAAUAUGCAAUGUAUGGACAAUAUUCAGAAAAAUCAGACGUAUUUAGUUUUGGAGUCAUAAUUUUGGAGAUAAUUAGUUCAAAAAGGAAUGCUCGUUCUCUUUUAUCAGAUAGCGACGAUGACCUAUUGGGUCAUGCUUGGAAACAAUGGAUGAAUCAAACACCAUUAGAACUAGUAGACCAAGAUAUAAAAGAAUCAUGCAACCAUAGUGAAGUGGUUAGGUGUAUUCAAAUUGGUUUAUUAUGUGUUCAAGAGAAACCUGAUGAUAGACCUACAAUGGCAACAGUUGUUUCGUAUCUCACUAGCCUUUCUGCGGAGUUGCCAUUUCCGAGAGAGCUGACGGAGUCUAUGCACAGUGGAAUACUGCUAAAGAUAGUAGGAGGGGAGUUUAGUUCGACUUCUAUAUCAACUUUCAAUGGAAUAAGUCCAUCAGUAAGUUCUGCAUUCUCUGCCACUGUUUAGAAGUUAGAAUUCAUGUAAUAUGUUACUUCCAAA